AUGGGUAUCGCAGGCCCCAUGAAUGCGGCUGUCACCAUCCCUCCGCGACCGAAACCCGGCCGCAAGCCAGCGACCGAUGAUCCACCCAGUAAGCGGAAAGCGCAGAACCGCGAGGCUCAGCGAGCGUUCCGGGAGCGACGUGCCAAACGAGUCGAGGACAUGGAGAAAGAGAUCCGCGAACUGAAAGAGGCGCACAAGCUUGAGUUGGAGGCCGCGGAGAAAAGAUAUCAGGCUUUGAGCAGGGAAUUCAAUCUCCAACGCCGGGAAUCGGUCCUCCAAACUCAGUCUUUGGCCUUCGAGAAUCAGGACUUGAGGAACGAGAAUGCUGCUCUGCAGCACGGAAAGAAACACAGUCCGGGUGAACCCCCUUUGAAGAAGAGACAGCUCUACGUCGAAACGGAAGGACAUGGGUUCAAAUCGCUCCCGACGGCAGCAGAUCCCGGCCGGCUGCCCCCUCUGCUGAUGCGACACCAAUCCGGCCCCUUGACGCCUCCAAUGCUGCAGCCCAUGUCCGAAGGCAACGGGUUCGCUUCCCCGUACACCAACUUAUCUCCAUCGCGUCGCCUGCCCACUCCGAAACCAAGUUCGCGGGGCUCUCAGUCGAGCGAAUUACUGUCCAGCACCAGCACCCAUGUCAACGACGUUCCAAUGGCCGACGUGUAUCCCGAUCUCGGCCGCUACUACGAGGCUCAGGAGACCGACUUCACCAAUUUCGGCAGAGCACCGAGCCGGCCGGAUGUACCCGUCCCAUCGACGGAAGCCGUACCAAGCCCAGCCGUUACUGAUCACGAACGUUGCGGCUUCUGCACGGACGAGAGCAAUUGCGUCUGUAUACCCCGGAAUCAAGAGCAUCAAGAGCCCGACCAGGACAAAGAUGCCAGUGGGGACGACGAUGCAAUCGGGGAGCCAGACACAAGCGAGGAGCGUAUCUCGCCCUCUCAUCCUGGGCCUGGCGCCAGCACCAGCGAUCCAGCUCUCCCGCCUGCGAAGCCCACUCCCAACGCAUCCGCAUCCGCCGACCCCACAUCGACGGCCUCCUGCAUCACCACCACCGCCGCCGCCGCCGUCUUGCCAGGAACCUGCGACGCCUGCCUCCGCGACCCAACCCUCAAGCGCGCCUGCGAGACCUUCGCCAGCCGCCAGCCGCCUCCGACCCUGGCACCCACCAUGGCACCGCCAUUCUCCUUCACAGCCCCCUCCUACGACUCCCUCGUAAACCUCGAGCGCAUCUUCUCCGUCUCCGAAGCCUCAUCCGGCGGCACGGCAACCACCUCCAGCGAUCAAGCCAUGCCGAUCCACCAGGGCUCGGUCGGGUGCGCCGACGCGUUUACCUGGCUCGCGAAUGCGCAGGUCGAUAUCAAUGAGGAUUGGGUGCAGGAGAUGCUGUCGGUUGCGCCGGGGAGUAGGAGGGGUACGGAGAUGGGGGCGGGCACGGGGCAGGGGGUGGGGAGGAGGAUGACGGCGUUUGAUAUUGAGGGAGCGAGUAUUCUAGCGACGUUGAAUGUGGCGAGGAGGCAUGGGUCGAGUCAGAUGUCGCUGGGGAAUGGGGGCGAGUGA